AUGUCUAAUCGUCAACCAUAUUUAUUUAUUUUAAUUUUUGUAUUUCUUAUUAUUUCGAGUUGUUUGGCACUGAAUCCAGAUUCUUUUGAUGGUCAAACAACACAUGAUACCCACCACGACGACGAUGAUUUGGUUGUUAAACACGACUGUAUCCACGAUAAGAUCGGUGACAAUGUAAAAUUGGUUUCUAAUCACAGAAAUUUAAUGGCCGAUCCAAUCACCACUCAUCCAAUUAGAUUGGUUUUCAACACCACCUAUUUGAAUGUGAAACCAGGUACAGAAAAUCAAACUUGCUACAGUGUUGGUCAAACCAUUUCGCUUGGCGCAACUCCCUACAAUUGCACAAAGAAUGAUAUUCUGACUCCAGAGUUGGUAGAUUUAUUGCUGAAGGAGCUUCUGCCAUUCAUUUCAUCUUCUUUCUCCAAGUAUCUCACCGUUAGUGGUACUGCCAGAAACUCUUACCCCAAACCAUACACCUGUAUAGAAAAGUACUCGAUGGAUAUUUCCAAUGGAUUCGACGGUGAUUUCAUGAUCUUUGUAUCCGCUCACCCAGUAGCCUCAUCCGGAACUAUUGCCUACGCCACAUCAUGUCUCUCCCAUGCAGACACUGGUGCGCCAUAUACCGGUAUUAUUAACUUUGCGCCACUCCACUAUACUGCAUAUACCAAUGCCGCCUAUCGUCAACAGAAUCAAGUGAUGUGGAAUCAAUUCCUCCGUGUUGGUCUCCACGAAGCCACUCAUGCACUCGGAUUCAGUAGAGGCAUGUAUUCCAAUUUCAUUGACCGUAACACUGGUGGCAGAUACCCCAGCAACAUCAUGACCACUACCACCACCAAUCUGACAACACCAGCAGGUGUCCUUUUCCCAUACACCAGAUCUUUUAUUACAUCUCCUACAGUUACCAAUAUUGCCAGAAAACAUUUUGGUUGCCAAACACUCGCAGGUGCCGAAUUGGAAAACGUUGGUGGUUCUGGAACCGCUGGAUCUCACUGGAAAGCAACAAGAUUUGGUGAAGAAUUGAUGCUUGGAUAUGCAAGACCAGUUGCUCCACUCUCAAACUUGACACUGGCUUUAUUAUAUGAUUCAGGAUGGUAUGGACUUAUCAAUCUUGGUGAAGCUAGAGCUUCUACUUGGGGUAAAGGUAUGGGAUGUGAUUUCGCUGAUAAACUUUGUACUCCUGCAAUUUGGAAUCGUGAAGGAUAUUGGCCAGCAACCAACAACCAACCAGGUUGUUCUGCCACAAGAUCAGGUAUCGGUAUGGCACAAUGGAUGACCUUUACUACAACAUUGUUAAACUCCAGCCAACAUUUCCUCGAUCCAAGUACCGGUGGAUUUUCAGGAGUCUAUGACAACUGUGUGUGGAAUAUGCCUUCCCAAUAUUGUUUCGAUACUUCACGUAAAAUUAACUAUGAUGGUGAAGUUAAUGGAGCAGACUCCUUCUGUUUCAAACAACAAUUGACACCAACCACAUUCGGAUACGGUUGUCGUCCACAACGUUGUCAAGGACUUCAGUUGCAGGUUCAAUUCAAAGGACAAUGGUUCAAUUGUCCAGCCGGACAAUCUGUGGUUCUCUCUGCAAACACCACUGUAAUCUGUCCAAACGAAAAUACUUGCUCACCCACUACAUUCCCAACAAAUCCAUCCUCUUUCCCUAAUACUGGUGCUGCAACUUCCAGUGCGCCACUUCCAUACAUCCCAAUUAUUACUAUCGGUCAAACCUCAACCACUACCGGAGUUAGUACCGGAACCACUGGAACCACUAGUAAAACUACAGGAGCUACUACCGGUGCCACUACUGGAACUACUGGAAAAACAACAGGGGCCACUACUGGAACUACCACCACGGGAAACACUACCGAAGCUACCACUGAAACUACUGCUGCUCAAACAACUGAUACUGAUUCACUCAACUCUGCAUCAACUUUCAAAACUAAUCUAUUCUGUCUCGCAAUCCUCUCCUUUAUUUAUUUAUUUAUUUAA